GGUGGCCCGGUAGCUUUACCCUGAAUGGAAUGGGUUGAGUUCGGUCGGUGGCAGCUAUUCCUUCUCUUUAAGUUUUUGUCCACCAUAAAGUCCUCUGUUGUCGGAAUCUCGGUGAUGCACGACGUGAAUUUUUUCAAAUGGCGUCGUUUCUGGUCGCUCGCUCUUUCCGUAGGCUUCAGAAACCCUCCCGCUUUUCCUCUUCCUCUUCAUCCUCGCUCUAUCUUUGUCCCUCCUUAAAUUCCUUGUCCUCUUCGCCUAUCCCAACACCAAACCUUAAUCCUAACCUGAAACCUAAUUAUUGUAACCCGUUUAGGCAGUACUACGGGCUCAAUCCCAUUUUUGAAUUCUCCCGUGAGAACUUCAAACUCAAUUGGGAUUUUAGAUCAGUUGCGCAUAUUUCGACGAGCGUGAGGGAGAGCGAGGAGGAUAAGGGAGGGUCGAGACCGUUGAAGGCGGAGGUGUCUUGGAUUGACUUGUACUUGCCAAAACAAGCUCGCCCUUAUGCUCGUCUUGCUCGCCUCGAUAAGCCCAUUGGGACCUGGUUACUCGCUUGGCCUUGCAUGUGGUCAAUUACCUUGGCCACAUCCCCAGGACAGCUUCCUGAUUUUAAGAUGUUGACGCUGUUUGGUUGUGGAGCUUUGCUUCUAAGGGGUGCUGGAUGUACCAUAAACGAUCUUCUUGAUCGAGAUAUUGAUAUAAUGGUGGAACGUACAAAGUUGCGACCAAUUGCAAGUGGUCUUUUGUCACCAUUUCAAGGACUUUGUUUUCUUGGGUUUCAAUUGCUUUUGGGCCUUGGAAUUCUUCUUCAGUUGGAUAAUUAUAGCCGUAUUUUGGGGGCUUCAUCCCUGUUGCUAGUCUUCUCCUAUCCCCUUAUGAAGAGGUUUACAUUUUGGCCUCAAGCCUAUCUAGGUCUCACCUUUAACUGGGGUGCUUUAUUAGGGUGGGCUGCAAUUAAAGGAAGUCUAGAACCAGCUAUAGUGUUCCCAUUAUACAUUUCUGGAGUAUUUUGGACUCUUGUGUAUGACACAAUAUAUGCACAUCAGGAUAAAGAAGAUGACUUGAAAGUGGGUGUUAAAUCUACGGCUUUGAGAUUUGGGGAUUCAACAAAGGGGUGGAUUACCGGCUUUGGAAUUGCAUGCAUCAGUAGCCUCACCCUCAGUGGAUUUAAUGCUGGGAUUGGGUGGCCAUAUUAUGCAUUUUUGGCAGCUGCGUCUGGACAAUUGGCUUGGCAGAUAUGGACGGUGGACCUAUCAUCCCGUGCUGAUUGCAACAGGAAAUUUGUGUCCAACAAGUGGUUCGGUGCUAUCCUUUUCAGUGGGAUCUUAUUUGGAAGAGUUUUGUCAUAAUGGGAAUGAAGGCUCAAGAUCAAAUGAAUGAAUGAAGAUACUGGGAUUGCAGAACAUUUGAUGUUGCUGAUGUUACGUUGUCCGGAGAAGGUUCUUUGCGAAAAUUAGGAAUAAAGGGUAGAAUAUUAAAGCCCCCUAUUUUUGUUUCUGGUAACUGAGGGAGAUAAUUUGCUUCUGUGAGAAACAUAGGCAGGUGCUAAAGUGAAUUAUUUUUUUGGAGUCCAGCUUUGGAAGCCCAAUUUUGUCGUUGUAGGUUGUUAGAGAGAGCAUUUGUUUCACAGGCGAGAGGUAGGAUCAGUCUGAUCCUUUGUUUUUAAGGUAUUGAUUCUAGUACAGCUGCAAGUCAUUUUUACAGAAACGUAGCUAAAAAGGCAAAAAAGGUCUGAACAUCAUUAUUAUUUCUAAUGAUCAGUUGCUUGUGUACCAACGACUCAAGUUGCUUGUAGGAGGUUUAAUUUAACAAUCCUCCACUUAUUUAUUCUUUAAAGAUCAGUAAAGUCGAGUAUUAUUCCAGCA